AUGUUGAUGCCCCCCGUGGAGGCCCAGCCCGCGGCCCUGAGCCCAGCGGAGAAGGCCGUGUGCAAGGUGGUGUAUGGCGCCCCGCGCCCCCGCCCACUGCUGCUGCCCGUGGGCCUGGAGCUGUGGCUGUACGUGCAGAAGAUGCGGAACCUGCAGCGCAGCAGGAUGGAGGCCUCGUGUCUGGAGCUGGCCCUGGAGGGUGAGCGGCUAUGCAAGGCUGGCGACUUCAAGGCCGGGGUGGCGUUCUUCGAGGCGGCCGUGCAGGUGGGCACGGAGGAUCUGAAGACCCUGAGUGCCAUCUACAGCCAGCUGGGCAACGCCUACUUCUACCUGAAGGAGUACGCCCAGGCACUGUCCUAUCACAAGCACGACCUCCUGCUGGCCAGGACCAUUGGUGACCGCAUGGGCGAGGCCAAGGCCAGCGGGAACCUGGGCAACACACUCAAGGUGCUGGGCCGCUUUGAUGAGGCUGUCGUCUGCUGUCAGCGACACCUGGACAUUGCCCAGGAGCAGGGAGACAAGGUCGGGGAGGCGAGAGCACUCUACAACAUCGGUAACGUGUACCACGCCAAGGGCAAGCAGCUUUCCUGGGGCACUGCCCAGGACCCCGGUCACCUGCCCCCUGACGUGCGGGAGACACUGCACAAGGCCUCCGACUUCUACGAGAUGAACCUGUCCCUCGUGAAGGAGCUGGGUGACCGGGCAGCCCAGGGCCGGGCCUAUGGCAAUCUGGGUAACACCCACUAUCUGCUGGGCAACUUCACCGAGGCCACAGCCUUCCACAAGGAGCGCCUGGCCAUCGCCAAGGAGUUUGGUGACAAGGCAGCGGAGAGAAGAGCGUACAGCAAUCUGGGCAACGCCCACAUUUUCCUGGGGCGCUUUGACGUCGCGGCUGAGUACUACAAGAAGACUCUGCAGCUAUCCCGGCAGCUCAAAGACCAGGCCGUGGAGGCUCAGGCCUGCUACAGCCUGGGCAACACCUACACGCUGCUGCAGGACCACGAGCGAGCCGCCGAGUACCACCUGCGCCACCUCCUCAUCGCCCAGGAGCUGGCCGACAGAGUGGGUGAGGGCCGAGCGUGCUGGAGUCUGGGGAACGCUUACGUGUCCAUGGGGAGCCCUGCCCAGGCGCUGACCUUCGCCAAGAAGCACCUGGAGAUCUCACAGGAGAUCGGGGACCGCAGCGGGGAGCUCACAGCCCGCAUGAACCUGGCACAGCUGCAGCUGGUCCUGGGCCGGCUAACUAGCCCAGCGGCCGCGGAGAAGCCCGACCUGGCUGGCUACGAGGCCCAAGGGGCCAGGCCCAAGAGGACACAGCGGCUGAGUGCAGAGACCUGGGACCUUCUGAGGCCCCCCCUGGAGCGGGAGCAAAAUGGUGACAGCCACCACGCAGGGAACUGGUGGGGGCCGGGCCGGGACACGCUCCCCCUGCCAGUAAGGAGUAGGAAGUAUCAGGAGGGGCCGGAGGCUGCAGAGCGGAGGCCCCGGGAGGGCGGCCCUUCCCCACUGGACAGCGCUGACGUCCGGGUGCAGGUGCCUCGUAUGAGUCUCCCUCGGGCCCCGUCCUCGGAUGAGGAGUGCUUCUUCGACCUCCUGAGCAAGUCCCAGAGCAGCCGGAUGGAUGACCAGCGCUGCCCACUGGAGGACAGCCAUCCCGGCGCCACCCCAACGCUGGAAGAGCGCAUCGCCCAGUCCUCUCUAACAGCCUCCCCGCAGACCGAGGAGUUCUUCGACCUCAUUGCCAGCUCUCAGAGCCGCCGGCUGGAUGACCAGCGGGCAAGCGUGGGCAGUCUGCCAGGGCUCCGCAUCACCCACAACAACUUGGGCCACCUGCGUGGGGACAGCGACCCGCAGGAGCCAGGGGACGAGUUCUUCAACAUGCUCAUCAAGUGCCAGUCUUCCAGGAUCGAUGACCAGCGCUGCCCACCGCCUGCCAUGCUGCCCCGAGGGCCCACCAUGCCAGAUGAGGACUUCUUCAGCCUCAUCCAGAGGGUGCAGGCCAAGCGCAUGGAUGAGCAGCGGGUGGACCUUGCAGCUAGCCCCGAGCCGGAGGCCGCCAGCCCACCCGAGCCGCAGCAGCAGGGCCCGCCUGGUGCCAGCUAA